UCUAACAGGACACAUGGCUCUUUUAAAGAAAGUUAACCAGAUCUUAUUGUUACUUCUUGUCUUAACUGUGUGCGCUAUUCUGUAUAGAAAAGUUCACCAAGUGCCCUUGGCAUUAAGAAAUGAAACGGUGGAUUUGGAGAACCCUGAGGAAAUGGAGGAAGAAAUCCCAGUGGUGAUCUGUGCUGCUGCAGGCAGGAUGGGUGCAGCUGUAGCAGCAAUCAGCAGCAUCUACAGCAACACAGAGGCCAAUGUUUUAUUCUACAUCAUUGGGCUGAAGACAACCAUCCCACACAUUCGAAAAUGGAUUGAAAAUUCUAAACUGAAAGAAAUAAAAUUUAAGGUUGUGGAAUUCAAUCCUAUGGUACUAAAAGGAAAAAUCAGACAAGAUGCAUCACGUCCUGAGCUACUGCAGCCUUUGAACUUUGUUCGAUUUUAUCUUCCUUUGCUUAUCCAGAAGCAUGAGAAAGUAAUAUAUUUGGAUGAUGAUGUCAUUGUUCAAGGUGACAUCCAGGAACUCUACAAUACUAAGUUAGCUCCUGGACAUGCAGCAGCUUUUUCAGAUGAUUGUGACCUGCCUUCUACACAUGAAAUGGUUAGAAGUGUAGGGAUGCAGAACACAUACAUGGGAUUCCUGGACUACAGAAAGCAAGCCAUUAGAGAUCUUGGCAUCAGCCCCAGCACCUGCUCCUUUAAUCCUGGAGUAAUUGUUGGUAACAUGACUGAAUGGAAACAUCAGUGGAUCACACAGCAAUUGGAAAAGUGGAUGCGAAGAAAUGUAGAGGAAAACCUCUAUAGCAGUACCCUUGGGGGAGGUGUGGCAACCUCCCCAAUGCUGAUUGUAUUUCAUGGAAAAUAUUCCUCUAUUAAUCCUAUGUGGCACAUAAGGCAUCUUGGUUGGAGUCCUGAUGCCCGUUACUCAGAGCAAUUUCUUCAAGAAGCUAAAUUACUUCACUGGAAUGGGAGAUACAAACCUUGGGACUACCCCAGUGUCCACACUGAUCUCUGGGAAAACUGGUUUAUUCCUGACCCUUCAGGGAAGUUCAAAUUAACUCGUCCUGACAGCUGAUACUGAAAUACUGCAUAACAUAGUGUAUGGGACGCAUUUAAUAGUUUGAGAUUCAACAUGUUGUAUGAUUUUAGAAAACAAAGUAUUUGUUAAAAAUAUGAAAAACUGACCAUCAGUUUUGUGUGCUUAUGGCAGCUGAGGGAGGCUGGAGUGACGAAUACAUGGUUCAGAUUUUUCCCGUAAGGUGAGGAAACAAACGUAUUUGACAAUGAAGUAUUUUCAUUAAACACAGAGGUGAAAUUCAGUGUCAGAAAGAGUGCUUUAAUUUAAGGUCUUUCUAAGUAAGAUUCCCGUAUCUUCUAAUAGGAAAAAAUCUACACAGGAGAUAGCUGCAGUGUUAUGUACAAGAAGUGUUUAGUUAUCUAGCCCACAUUAAACAGCCUGAAUUGAAAACCUGGGCAGAUGUUACUGUGUUCUGUUGUGGGGUGACUGUUUUGUGGCAUCUCUGUGUAUAACACAUCCUAUCAAGACGCAAAAUACAUUCCAAUACACUGAAGUACAAUUCCCAAUUUUAUUGAUAGAUUUAAGACAAAUUAAGAACUUCUGUAUCACUGUAACAAAAAGAGCACCAGUUUUGAGGAAGGACACAGAACUGCAGUAUUUAGUGGAAUGGUCAUUGUACACUUAACUGUAUUUUAUAUCCAGAUAACCAAGUGGGUGAUUCCAUUAAGGAAGAGACCUUUCCCUUCCAAUCAAACAGGAUAGCCUUUCAGGAGUUACAUCCUACUGUGCUACAUAAGCAGCAGUGCUAAUUUCAUGCUUCUAAUUUUAUUGAAAAUAAAACUAAAUUUAAACAAAUCCCUGAUACAAGAUACUUCAAGCACCUGCAGGAAAACAUCCAUGUAAACAGCAAUACAUGCUUCAAUACACUUUAAAUAACAGACAAGACAAGUCCUAUACCUUUCUGACAAUAUGUGGAAUAGCUUUUUGCUGCAGCUAAUAAACACAAUCAGAAUCAUAAUGCACCCUCACUCGAUUGAAGAUUUUCAGAAUUAACCCACAUAAUUUGGGAAGAAACUGUAAACACGCCUGCCUCACAACAGGAUGACAGUAUGUGAUCUCUGUAAGAGGUGUUACAGCAGGAUUAGAACCUACAUUAACCAGUUACACACAACUGACAAAUGUCACUAGCUGUGAAGAGAGGAUAAAUAUACUGGUACAGGAAUCUCUGACCAGCAUGGAGUGUGGAGAUACUGUUUGUGUCUGUUUUCAAGUACGUGAAGCACC